AUGGAAUUUGCUGCUCAAGUAGAACUUUACUUGACAUAUUUGGUUUAUUGUGCUAGCUGGAAACCAACAUAUGACAUUCGUGCUUCAACAACGAAAGAAGGAGAACAAUCAGUCAAGUUAUGUUAUUACGGAUUGGUCGAACAGAACACUGGAGAUGAUUGGAAAGACACUGAGCUUGUUUUAUCAACUGCUUCACCAUCAAUUGGAGGAUCUCCCCCACAUUUAGCUACUUUAACUGCCAGUUUACAUCGCUCCAGCAGAUACAACCGUCAACGACAUGCAUCAGCUGCUCGUCGUAAGCCAAUGUCGGCAGCUUCUGAGGAAGAUAUGGGAUUUGGAUCUUUUGAUUUGAAUGAUAUCGUUGAUGCUGCAGCCAUGCAUCGUUACAAUCAUGGGCAGAUGAGCAGAAGCAGUGAAGACAGUACAUCAAAUCCAUGCAUGGAGAAUAUUGUGUCGGCCUGUUUCUCUAUCCCCAGAACUGUUUCAAUUUCUACCAAUGGCCACGAGCAGAAAGUACUCAUUGCAAUGGUUGAUCUGGCUUCUGCUUUCUUUCACGAAACUGUACCCUCAAGAAGCUGUUCAGCUUUCCUCUCAGCUUCAAUCACAAACACCUCAGCAUACCCAAUCCUACCUGGACCUGCUUCAAUUUACUUGAACGACAGUUUCGUUUCAAGAACUCAUCUUCGUCUUGUUGCUCCCGGAGAAGAGUUUCGUUGUGCAUUGGGAAUGGAUCCUUCAAUCAAAGUUGAAUACAAAACCCCGAAAUCCUACCAGGAACAAGUUGGCUUAAUUUCUAAAAGUACUGUAGUUACUCAUGAGAAACUCAUCAGCUUGAGAAAUGCCAAAGUGAGUGCCCAAGCUGUUCAAAUAACCGUAAAAGAGCAAAUCCCAAAAUCUACAGAUGAGAAAAUAAAGGUAUGCAUAUUGGCACCUGAUAUUCGUACUAAGGGCACAGAUGCGCGCCUCAAUAAGGAUCAUAACCUGGAAUGGUCUUUAAUUUUGGCAGCAGGGCAACAGAAAGAUCUUUUGGUUAAAUACACGGUAGAACAUCCAGCUUCAGAAAGCGUGUCGUUCUUCUAG